GUCUCUUGAGAUAACAACAACAUUAUAUUUCAAAAAGAACCCAACAAUAUCAUCUUUCAAAAAAAGAUUAAUAACUGCUUUCUGUAAAGUUCAUUCGUUGAAUCGAUUUCCAUAUUACUAACUUAUCAGCAUUGAAGUGUUAAUCAUCGUUGAAGUACUUCGAAGAUAUCGAUAGAGGAGAAGUGGAGAACUUCAUUCAAAAAAGAAGGUGGUAAUCGUAACUAAGCUUCUAACAGAAUCUUUUUCACGCUGUUAAUUAUUGUCAGGCAAUAUAAGCACGAUGUCAACUGAUGAGAAUAUCGAGAUAUGGAAGAUGAAGAAGCUUAUAAAGGCACUUGAAGAUGCUAGAGGCAACGGAAGCAGCAUGAUUUCUCUGAUAAUCCCUCCACGUGAUCAAAUUUCACGAGUCACCAAGAUGCUUGCUGAUGAAUUUGGAACUGCUUCCAACAUUAAGAGCAGGGUGAAUCGUCAGUCUGUUUUAGGUGCUAUAACAUCUGCCCAACAGAGGCUCAAGCUCUACAACAAGGUACCUCCAAAUGGACUUGUUCUAUACACAGGAACAAUACUAACAAACGAUGGAAAAGAGAAAAAGGUUACAAUCGACUUUGAACCUUUCAGACCUAUAAACGUAUCUCUUUACCUCUGUGAUAACAAAUUCCACACAGAAGCUCUUGAUCAAAUGUUGGAAUCUGAUGACACGUUUGGUUUCAUUGUUAUGGAUGGAAAAGGCACUCUUUUUGGGAUAGUAAGGGGCGAUAGUAGGGAGGUUCUACACAAAUUUCCUGUUGAUUUGCCAAAGAAACAUGGAAGAGGAGGGCAAUCAGCUUUGAGAUUUGAUCGUAUUCGUAUGGAGAAACGUCACAACUAUUUAAGGAAAACAGCAGAGCUUGCAACAAAGUUUUAUAUCAAUCCUGCUACUAAUCAGCCUAAUGUUUCUGGACUUAUACUUGCUGGAUGUGCUGAUUUCAAGAAUGACCUCGGUCAAUCUGAUAUGUUUGACCCGCGUCUUCAGGCGAAAAUCUUGAAUGUGGUUGAUGUCUCUUAUGGAGGUGAAGAUGGGUUCAAUCAGUCUAUUAAGUUGUCUUAUGAUAUUCUUGCAAAUGUCAAGUUCAUACAGGAGAAGCAUUUAAUCGGGAAGUAUUUUGAGGAGAUCAAACAGGAUGGAGGGAAGUAUGUCGUGGGUGCUUAUGACACUUUGGAAGCUUUAGACAUGGGUGCUGUGGAGACACUCAUUGUUUGGGAAAAUCUGGAGAUUAAUCGAUAUGUUCUUAAAAACGGUGUUUCGGGUGAAAUUAUUGUUAAGCAUUUAAACAAGGAACAGGAGACUGAUGAAAGUAAUUUUCGGGAUUUGGUGAACAAUGUUGAACUUGAAGUGGAGGAAAAGAUGUCUCUUCUUGAGUGGUUUGCUAAUGAAUACAAAAGAUUUGGAUGCAAGCUUGAGUUCGUCACAAAUAGAACUCAUGAGGGAUUUAACUUUUGUAAAGGCCUUGGUGGGAUUGGUGGUAUUCUUCGUUACCAGAUUGAUAUUCACCCAUUUGAUGAGUUGUCUGAUUACGAUGGAGAAAAUAAUGAUAUUGAAAUUUCUGAUGAUGAGGAAAGUUAUGAAACUGAAAACCAUGGUGAAGGGGUGAAUUAUGAUGCUGAAUAGCAAUCAACCACUUCUCAAGCUUCUAUCCAAGCGCCUUGCAUAUUUCCUCCUUCAAGGAAUUCUUACAAAGGCAAUUUAAGUAGGACGGAAGUUGAUGUUGAUGAAACUGCUAAGAACACAAAGUAUGUUGAUGGGCCCACCUGUCUUCAGUCAAAGAAAAACGUGAAUUUUGUUGAUGGGGGAAAUCCUAAUACAAAAUCAACCACUUGUCAGGUGACGGCACAUGAGUUUCAAGCAUCAUUAUUGCCUAGCUGUUCAAGGAAACCAUGGUUACCGAGCAGUUAGAACAAGCUAGAUGUAAGAGAGAUCGUGCCCCGGUUCCCUCCUUGAAGACGUUGCAUGAGAGUAUUUUUGUGUCGCCCCGAUAAAAAGAUCCUAAGGAAUACGAACAUCUAUGUGCAUUGACAUUGAUUAAUAUGCAUUUAAGUUUUUUGAGACUCCAUGUUAACUUGAGAUUUUCGUUGGUGCUUUUAGACUUUAUGUUAACCUUUUAUGUUAGUUGGAUAUCAGUUGUCAUAGCUUCUCAGCAUGUUUUAUUUCAUUUGAUCAUUUACCAAAGGAUUAUUUAUGUUGGUAUUUUUUUUGUUUAAACAUUUAUUAUGUUUCUCCU